AUCCGUAAAACAUGUUUCAAUCUUAAAUACAAUUUAUUUAUAGAUUGAAGCUCCUAAAACUUCAAAAGUUACUAAAUUCAAAGAAGUCAAUCAGAUGAUUUUUGAUGAUUUUCAAUCGGCAUAUAAAAAUACUUACGUAGUGAAAAAAAGUUUUUGGUGGAUAGUUGCUGUUGUUGGUCAUAUUAUAGUAGCAACUUAUAUUCAAGUUUUAUGGGAGGACGUGAACAAAAAUAAAAAAGAACUAAUGAAUGGCGCUGUCGAAUCUAUACACACUCUUUGUGGUGCUGCAGGUGCAUAUGCAGUUGGUCACUUGGACUAUGAUUGGAAAAAAUUUGGUGAUAUUAUAUUUACAGUUGGAACCUUUGUUUUAGCUUUAUUAUUAUUCGUUAUAUACUACUGCGAUUCAUUAUGGAUAUUAUACCUAUUAUACAUAAUGUUCGGUACUUGUUACCAAAUAUUGUUAACUAUCACUACCUCUGAAGUUGCGAAGCACAUAAAACCCGACAGUUAUGGACUAAUAUUUGGUUUUAAUUUCUUUAUGGCAUUAUUGAUAAUUUCAAUAUUUACAUUAUUAUUUAUCCAAGGACUUGUUGUUGUUAUAGGGACAAAAAAUCAGAUAUUAACUGUUGCUCUGAUGUUUGCUUCGAAGUCUGCAUUACUAUUUGUUGUGGCUGUUAGAAAAUGGAAAAAAUAAAUUCACUAAUCCUGUGGACACUUGAAGAAUGCUUUAACCAAAAAAUUGUACUUAUUAAUUUACAUUUAAUUCAUCAAAUUGUACCAUAACCAUCAUAUUAUGUACCUUCUAUGUUUUCAAGGUAUCAAAGUUUCGAUUUAAACUAAUAUUUGAAAAGACAAUGUUUAUAUAUUUGUAAAAGAAUAAGAAUGAUGCUUGUGUGGACUGUGAUGAACGGCAAUUCAUGUAUUAAUAAUUUGUAUCCUGUAUUACCUAUAAAUCAUUUAUUGUAUAUAAUACAAAUUUAAAAAAUA